AUGAUCUUCUCAAAGCUGAUGCUGAUCGCCGUCGGCGCUGGCGUCGUCAACGCUCUGCCGAUCCUCACCGUGCCCGACGCGCAGGAGGACCGCCUGGUUGAUCUCGACUCGCCGGCCUCCCAAGUCUCCAUUCGCUUCCUAAACGGGGAGGUCGACUCAAAGGCGGUGCUUGUGAAGUACACUGACAACGGAGUCUUGAAGCAGAUUCACAUCAACGCAAACACUGAUACGGCCAGCUACGCUGUGGAUCCAACAAAGGAAAUCACGAUUCUGUCGGAUUAUUCCUACUACCUCGUGUGCAAAGUGGCACCUGGCACGCUCAAGGAGGACGAUGCGGUGUCUACUGCGGUCACGUGGGGCAACGUCCCGUGCAAGGUCUCUGGCCCGUCUCCGUCUCCGGCUCCGGGUCCUUCUCCGUCCCCGUCUGCGGGGCUCAGCUCCUGCGCCAAAAAGGUGCCAAUGCCGAGUGGAACAAUCUGGAAGCAAGCUUCGACCUCCCACUCGUGCGAGUCCGAUUCGGGCAUCCGAGGUGACACAGGCUUCGCCUGUGCGAAUGACAAGGAUGUGGUGGACCGUUCAUCGAUCUUUGUUGACAUGAGCGCCACGCCGGACAAGGUCGGCUGCUUCGUGUGGGAGACGGACGACUGUAAGUACUCGAUGAAGCGGGUGAAGCAGAUCGAUUUCGAUGUGGAGUGGAGUGGCUGCGACAGCUUGUGGAUGGCACCACUUUGGACGUACUCAGACCCAUGGUCGCCCAUCACCGGCCUUCAAGGCUACUCUGGAGAAGUUGACUUCGUGGAGGAGUGCCCGGUGCCACAUGUGAAAACCAACCUGGGCUGCUACGAUGCGGCCCCGGGGGGAAAGCCAGGCUCAACUGACCCGGCGGACCCAGACUACUGCUUGGAUGGAAGCAACCCCCCCAGCAACCCCGAGUUGGCUGGUGGUGCGAGCUCGAACGGUCCGAUGCACAUGACGAUGACGAUAGACGAUUCGGGAGACUUGAACGUCUUGAAGUGCAACCCAAAUUCAUGUCAGACGACUUCAACGACAGUUGCAGCGUACCAUAACUACAUCGGCAAGGUCUACCCAACGACCGAAGGCAGGGACAACCUCUACAAAUUCAUGUCAGACGCCUCGCGAAGCGACGGGUCGCUCCUCGCGCCGUCGCAGCCGGUACAGGACGGGUCGGUGCAGACGGAGCUGCACCCUGAGGCGGCGAGGCGCGACCCGCUCUACGUGUGGAACGAGUGGGAGCUGCGCCGCCGCGCGAUUCAGCUGACAAACUUGCGGCAGAAGGUGACCACCUCGAGCCAGACGGCCAGCUCGUGUUUGCGGCGCGAGUCGCAGACGCAGGUCUACCUGCCGCGGGAGAGCGGCACAAACACGGGCGUGUCGACGGGAACAGCGCCACCCCGUUCGGUGAACUACGUCGCCGGGCUGCGCGGAGCCCCGGGGAGCAAAAUGCAGGUAGUGAAUUUGGUUUACGACCCGGAAAUCCCCAUCGGCAGGGGCAGGUAG